AUGUCAGUGCAGGAAAAAGACAAACAUCCUGCUCCCCUGAAGACAGACAAGAAUGCCGAAUCCUUGAGCACGCCAAAGAAGCGCAAGCACGACGCCGAUGAUAGAGAAUCCGCGAAGAAGAAAAAGAAGCCCAGGACAGGGGACGGUGUGAAGCCGCCAGUCACCGCAUCCCAACAAUCGACAGAAAGCAUAGAGAAGAAGAAAAGCAAGAAGAAGAAGCCGAAGGACGGCAGCGAAUUAGCAACGCAUGGUGAACAGACGCAAGCUUCACAGGACAUUGAACUGCCUGAUGCGCCUGCGCGGGAGGACGAACGAGGCGAGUCGGCAGAUGCGCAGUCACUGAAGAGCGAUGCAAAUGGGUUGGAAGGAGGCCCAGAUAAGGAAGAUAUCCUGAGGCUUCUUGAAUUCGAGGACCCUAGCUCAUUCUACUCGACGCGACUAUCGCUCUACCUCCCCAUACCUGCAGUUUCCCUCGAAACUAGCACGUCCUCACUACUCGCAACACACUUGGCACCUUUGUUACUCACAUAUUUCCCACCUGCGCAAGGCAUCGUCCUUGCCUUCUCCGACCCCGACCUCUCCGCAAAACCUAAUUCUGGCAUCAAUUUACCUCUCCUACCACCGCGAAGCGGCGACGUUGAGGCGCAAGCCGAAAUCCUCGCAGGCACAGCGGACGAGUUUGGCGUCUGUUGGGCAUGGCUCACGGUGACAUUCUUGGUUUUCCGACCCGAAAAUGGUGACGAACUCUACGGUUGGACCAAUGUUACCUCAGAAGGGUUCGUGGGAUUGGUGAGUUACAACUACUUUCAGACAGCCGUUGGAAAAACCCGAAUCCCGGAGGGAUGGAAGUGGAAUGGCCCAAGUAGAAAUGAGGCCCAGCGCCGCAAGAAAGGCAGGAAGGGCCGAUUACGUGGCGAGGAGGGCGGAGAUGGUCCGCAGGAGCAAGAUACACAGGAGACAGAGGUAACUUUUGUGGAAAAGUCAUCUUCUCAAAUCUCGCUAGAUGAAGAAGGCGGUCACUUUGCAGAUGCGGAUGGUGCGAAGAUCAAAUCGACGCUGAAAUUCCGGGUCGUGGAUACUGAAGCCGUUCCUGCACAUGACAGAAACAAGUGGUCGUUGCAGAUACAUGGCACGCUGCUCGACGCGGAAGCCGAGGAGAACGUCGUGCAGGAAGAGCGGGCAAAAUUCGAACGUGCGCAGGAGCGAAGCCGGUCGAAAUCCCCGGGGUUGAGCGAUGUGGUGAUGAGCGGAGCCUUGGGACGGUCGAUAAGUCGCGAAGGAAGUGUUGCCUCAAGACUAUCCGGGCCGGCGCCGGCGAGGCAUAGAUUGGCAUAUUAG